UCUCGAAAGAAGUCGGUCGUGUUUUCCGUCGAUGUCUGAUUCGUUCCGAAAAUUGGAGUGCUUGCUGUCGCCAAAAGGUCGAUUUUUGUCGCGAAUCGCGAACCAUAGUGCCUUCCGGAACGGAUUUCUUCAACCCGGCGGGAUGGAUCCGCCGAUUUUCGAUGUUUUUCCGGCGUGAAAUGUGGAACGGUGUAUGAAAAUUUUCUCGGGAGUGGAGUUUUUUUUCCCUAUGUUUCAUGUUUUUUGAUCAUGAGCGGGUGUAGAAGGGGAUAAACAACGGGAAUGAAAAGAACAGCAAUAUUAGAAGAAACGGUAUCAGUGAUUUGUGUGAACAGAAGAGAGACGGCGAUAGUAUUGUGUUUGGAUUUUCUUCGAGAGUGUGAAAUUGCGACAACAGAUUGUAGUGGUGUUGCACUGAGCGUAUCGCGAUUGUGUUGAUAUAAACCAAAAGCCUCGGCUAUCGCCUAGUAGUGGGAUGACGACUACAUCAUCCAUCGUCGAGCUGAGCUGAUGGUGAUCUUAUAGGCAGAUACUGCUACUCCUCCGUCGCCACCGUGUUCAACUGUGGUUGUGUUUAUUUCCGCGUAAACAGAUAAACACUGAAAGUUCCAUCGGUGUCGUGGUCGUCAUCAGCAGGCACAGUCGAAAAGGAAAUUUCUCCUGUCGCAUGUCUGUCCGGUCGCGCAUCCACCAUCAUCCGCGGAACAUGUGUCUGCGUUCGGUCGGAUCUGGUUCAGCAGCAGAGACUCGGGAAUGGUUCCGUUAGUGUUCGUCGGUUCGGAAUGGAAUGGACUGCCGUAUCACGACGACAUCGACCAGACUGUGCAACAACAAGCCAGCAAUUGCAACAACAGUAACAAUGACUAUAGUAUAGGUAGCGUGUAUUGGUGAAACGACGGUCGGUGAGUGUUGUGUGCCGUUCCGAGAGGCCGUGCAGCCAGCAGCGCCUUCCAUCUAUCGGGCUAGUGCGUGUAUGGUGAGGUCAGUCAGUCCAUCGCGGUCCAUGAAACGUCUCGUCGAGUUCGAAGUCGUCGCCGUCGUCGUCGAAAUCGCCAAGUUGGUUGGAUGUGUCUCGUCUCCACUGCUGUGAAGAGGAGUAGUGACUAGUGAGUGUGAUUUGCUACAACAGAGAGAUUAAAGAUUGGAAUUUUGCUAGUGAAAUUGAGUAAACGGGAAGAUUUUGCACCCCCUCACAGUCCGCUGCAACAAUCUGUGACGGGAGGGGUGUCUCCCCAGUGUAGUCGAUUUCAGGAAGAAAGAAUGUUGAAUAUGAAUUUUUAAUGUUAUUCGUCCGGGGCAUCCAGAAGAAGAAAAAUAUGAUGAAGCACAUCAUCAGAGUGGAUUAGCAGCGGAAACGAGUGAAUGCGUUGACGGAUUAUCGCACCAGCGACCGUCGUCGGUCGCCCGGAUGUUCGUUCGAUGGAGCUGAAAAUGUAGACCACAAAGUGAAAUUUUCCGACGACCCGUUCCCCCCGCGCCAACAAUUAGCCACCAUCGUCUGGUCUGGUGGAAAUCGAAGAAGAGAUAUCGAAAUUAAGCGAAAUUUAUAUAUGUAGGAAGAAAAAUGUUGUGUGAGCGCAAAUGAGCCCCUGAAUGAGUAAGAUAUGAAAAAAAUAAUGAAGAAAGAGAUGUAGAGGAAAACUGUGUGGAGUGUGUAUCCGUGUGUUGUCUGCCCCACCGCGAUCGCUCGCUGGCUCUGGCUGCAGCAGCAACAGCAGCACUGGAGAAGGCUUACGGAGCCGCUAGCAGCUAAACGUAACGUGUAUAGAGUAGUGGAUGGAAAAAAGUGAGCAGUUAGUGUGAAGGAAUGAAGAAAAAAUAAAUCGAAAAAAGAGUUUCUUGUGCCUCAAAGUUUAUACGGGUUUCGGGGGUUUUCCCCGAGUUUUAUUAAACCCCCGCCUCUUGCCCUGCAAAAGUGGCAUGUUCGGGAAGUGUGUGUAUCCGACUAUAUCCGACGAAUCGAGAAGAAAACUCCCGAGGAAAAUAGUGCAUCGCAUUUAUCGAUCUUGAUUACGACACAUCAUCGUAAAUAAAUUCUGGAAUCUACGACACCGGAUUGAACCGAUUUCGCUUUCGUGUCGAAACCAUACCUACAGUCCCUUCCUUUCCACCCAUAAGUUCGUCGUUCGGAACCGGAUUUCAGCUGGAGUGUUGUGCCCCUGCGCUGCUGUUUAAAUGGAUAACAAUAUACCAUCGUCUGGACCGACAGAAAGGUCGCCAUCGCACCAUCAUCAUCACCACAGCCGCACCUCGUCCACCAGCAGCAGCAUCGGCCACAACUUGAACGGUAACUCCACAUCCGGCCAUCACCACCAACAGCAGCAGCGACAGCAACGACCCCAAACGCUGACCCCGACCCGGGACUCGCCGAAGAAUGCCACGGUCCCAAUGCUGACACUGGUGCUCACCGUCAACAAGGAUGCCAACGGGUACGGGAUGAAGGUUUCCGGUGAUAAGCCGGUGUUCGUGGAAAGCGUCAAACCGGGCGGCGCUGCGCAGAAGGCCGGUCUGAUGGCCGAGGAUAUGAUACUGAAGGUUAAUGGAACAUCUGUACGAUCCUCGACGCAUACGAACGUGGUGGAGUUGAUCAAAGCUUCCGACAUUGUUGAACUGACGGUGCAGCGAAGCAACAACAGAAUGCAGCGGCCAUCGCCUUCGUCCACGUCCAUCACGCCGACGACGCCAAUUGCGCCGCGGAACUCCAUCACCGCCCCGGUGCCCGUUGAUUUCGCCAAACAACGGGAGAUGGAGAUGCAGAAGAUGCGCACCCUCCGGCUGAUGCUGGACCAGGAGAAGAAAAACCGGGACAAUCUGAUCGCCAGCAACAAACAGGGUACGCCGGAAUGUACCCGGGCGGAGACGACCAUCAAGAAGCUGCAGGAGGAACUGGCCCAGGUGUGCGGCGAGGAUGCCUCAUUUCCACCAUUUUCAUCCGUCACUUCACCACUUUUUCCGCAGCCCCCGCCACAGAACACUUCCACACCGGCAUUCCUUUCCCGUUUCCCUCGAUCACUGUCUUCUCUAAGUCUUGGAACGAAAAAGAAAUCAAUCGACAAAGACACCAACGUCCACAUCGGUUCGCCACAGAUCACCGGACCCUAUCACCACUCGGUCGGAACUCCGGAAUGCCUGAGCCCUAUCAGUCCCGGAUCGCAUCAGAACCAUAGUGGUGGUCCCUUCGGCGGUUCCGGGUUAAACUCUUCGGGAGGCUCCGGAACUCCCAACAAGAAAAAGUACAGCAGUAGUAACGUGGAACGGAGCCACAAAGGCCAUCAACAGGACACCCCACCUCCGUUGCCGCAGAGAAACAUUCCAAAACGGUCGGAUUCAUCGCUGGAUUCGGUCGACACCGUCGGAUCCCGAAGGAACAUCGUGGUGUCCGAUUUGGAUCAUUCCGUACUGGGCGCCGCCCCCGGCAAUGUUGGAACCGGCAAAGGUUACAACAAUAAUAACAAUAACAAUGUCCAUUCUGGUGGAAGCAAAGUGGGCAAGUCGAAACGAAAGAAGAACGGGAACUUGGCGGAGUUGAAGGCUGAAAAAACGACGAUGUACCACCAUGGUACUGAACGCGGGGGAGGUGGAGAGCUACAGGCGGAACCUCCACCGUUACCACCCCGGCAGCCCGGCAUGAUGGAAGUCAAUCAGAACAUUAUUCUGAACAAUGACAACGUGGGGAACCCUUUCGGUCAGAACUGCAGCAGCCCCAGCAGUGGCAGCAACAACAACAACAGCAGUCGCGUCAAUAGCCCCGAAAUGCGACCACCACCGAACAGUAUUAACACGCUGAUGAGCUACCCGCUGAUCACCACGUGCACUCCGGUGCGGGACAGCAUGGCCGCAGCAUUUCCCCUGUCGCAAAGGCCCAACAUUGUCCACCAGAUGCAGCAGCAUCAACAGCAAGCCGCUCUGAACGCGACCCCACAGUCUGCCCACAUCAACCAGUCCAUCAACAAGAAGCACCGCCGGAUAGUGUCCUCCCCGGAGAAUAUCAGCUCCAAGGAGUUCGGCGACCAUUCGCUAGUGCCACGCCACCAAAAGACCUCUUCCGAUUCCUGGGACAAACGAUCGCAGGAGAUCACGCCACCCGGUACGCCGCCUCCGCCGUAUCUGAGCACGUCGAUGAUCGGCAGUGGUGCUGGUAGCGGGCAUUUGCACCACGAUCACACCACUGCCGGCGAUUUGGCGACAUCUAUCGAAAACCUCCUGCACCAUCCCAACUACCAGCAGCACCACCCAUCGUCGGGAGUGACGCGGCCGGCUCCGGCUGUUCCCCAGCAGAUGGCCACAACCAUAGUGGCCGCCCAGGCCAACGUGGCCCAGAAGCAGAUCAUCUCGAUGGAGGACGAUGAAAACUCCGAUCAGGAGAGCUUCAUCGAGGAACACGGACCGUUCCGGUCGCUGACGCAGCUUCUGGAACCGGCCCACUCCGCACACCUAGCAGUAUUUCUCAAUUUCGUACUUUCCAAUUCGGAUCCGUCGCCGCUGCUGUUCUACCUGAUCACUGCCCUGUACAAGGAGGGCAGCAUUAAGGAUAUGCGCAAGUGGGCAUACGAGAUCCAUUCGACGUUUCUAGUUCCGGGAGCGCCCCUCCUGUGGCCCAACGUGGACGAAUCGUUGGCCCGCGAGAUCGACGACAUUCUCCAGAAGGAGAACGACAAGGUGGAAAUCUUGCGGAAGGUAUUCUACAAGAGCCGCAACAAGGCGCGCGACUACAUCAACAUCCAGCUGCAGGAGUUUCAGGUGAAACGAACUGCCGGUCUGGGCACGAUGUACGGCCCCACCGACCAACAGCUACAGAACGCCAAAGGUGAUAAGGUCAAAGAGCAGCGGAUAGUGGAGGAAACGUUGUUACCAAAGCUGCAGCAGUAUUUGGAGGAGAUUGAGAAGGAAUCUCCAAAGGAGUGCCCAAAGAAGUUGGCCUUGUGUGCGGCCCUGUCCACUGUGUUGCAACGGUUUUUUGUGACGCGACCCAAUACGGGCAGCCCGAUCGAUAAGGUGCACCAUUUCGUUAGUCGGGAGAAAAGUUUCAAGAGCCGGCUGAUGACAAAGCACCGCAAGCAGGACAUCCUCGGACAUAACCUACGGCUUCAGCCGUACUACGAGGUGACCCGGUGUAAUCACUGCCAGAACAUACUCUGGGGUGUGAGUCCGCAGGGCUUCCAUUGUUCAAACUGUGAAUUGAAUAUCCACCGAGCCUGUGCUAAGGAUCUGAUAGAGUGCUGUCCGGGACCCACGCCACUCAAAAAUGAUAGCAGUAAAAUUACAAAAUUGAUGGAAAAGAUCUCCAGCCGGAACCAUCAUCAAGCCGAUCGGACACGAAGGCAUGAUGAUGAUGGUGCCGGCGAAGACGGUUUGGGUGAUCGUCCCACCAGCAUAUCUCUGGCCCGACAACCUUCGGACCGGAGACAAGACUUCCAUAAUAACAGCUACGCGGGCGGUAACGUUAGUUCCUACAAUGACCACCUUAGCAAUUCCACCGGUGAUCCGGACACCUUCGCGCCUGGUGUCGACAAUGAUCAGUUCCGAGAGAGCGUCAAAUCCAAAUCGGCACCGGUUUCCGUCAAUCGGUCCGAAUCGUACAAGGAGCGAUCGCAGAAGAAAACCCGCAAUACCCGCCGCAAAACGUCCGACCCCAGUCUGACGAAAACGACUGACGAACAGAACGAGGCCUCAUCGCUGAUCAACAACUAUUCCAGCAGUUCCACAUCUAGUCUUCCACUUGCGCUGGACAGCAGGUCGGCCUCGUUUGAAGCGGUCGGCCCGGGGGGAGCCCCGGCUGGUCCGGGAGCUCCUCCGGGUUCAGCGGUACCGUGUUCCAACACGUCGGCCAGUUCCGGUCUGUUCGGUUCCCCCGGCGGUGCCAACGUUGCCAAUCUCAGCGCGACCGGCGGUGGCGCCCUCACGGUAUUGCCCACGGCUCGCGAAUGGGUCGACAGCGAAGACGAAGGCAACGUCGAGCAGGAAGUGGACUGGAGCUCCAACAUACCGGCGGACAUACUCGCCACCCUCUGUGAUGCCGAAAAGAAGCGACAGGAAGUGAUAAAUGAAAUUUACCAAACCGAGCGAAACCACGUGCGAACACUUCGGUUAUUGGAGGGCAUUUUCAUGCGAUCCCUGCAGGCGGAACCCUCGUGCAAUGACCUACUGCAGCUGUUGUUUCCGCCGUCGUUGCGGAAACUCCAGGAACUGCACAGCACCUUCGAGGGCUACCUGAAGCAACGAAGGAUAGAGCACAGCAACAUCGUGCGGGAAACGGGAGAUAUGUUGCUCCUCAUGUUCGAAGGCCAAUCUGGUGAGGACCUGAAGGAGCACGCCGCGUACUUCUGCGCACGCCAGCAGAUCGCCCUGGAAGCGCUCAAGGAACGGCGGAAAAAGGACGACAAGCUGCAGCAGCUGCUGAUCAAGGCCGAGUCACACAAGGCCUGCCGGCGGUUACAGCUGAAGGACCUGCUGCCGACGGUGCUGCAACGGUUAACCAAGUACCCGCUGCUGUUCGACAACCUGUACAACUUUACGAUGCGUGUCCAGCCGGACAAUGAGCAGGAGGCGCAAGCAAUCCGAAAAGCUCUCGAAUCUUCCAAGCGGAUAUUGGAUCACGUUAACCAAGCGGUCCGGACUGAGGAGGAUAACCAUAAGCUUAUAACUAUCCAACGUAAGUUAGACAAAAGUGGUUUAGAUAAGGACGCCCCUAGUGAAUUUAAGAAUAUAGACUUAACUGUACGUAAACUAAUCUACGAUGGGCCGUUAACGAUGAAGAAGAAUCCUGGAGUACAACUGCAUGGAUUGUUGUUCGAGGAUGUGAUGGUUUUAUUACAAAAACAGGAUGACAAAUAUCUACUCAAGUGCCACGCUAGUCACGGUCUCGGCGGUAGCGAAAGCAAACUGACCGAGGGCCGCUUCAAUCCGAUCACCAAAACCAACCUGAUACUGGUGCGGCAAAUGGCCGUCGACAAGAAUACCUUCUUCGUGAUCAACACCAUCAUGUCGCAGAUGGUGGAACUGACGGCACCAAGCAGUUCGGAGUGCAAAGCAUGGUUCAAACACAUAUCGGACGCCGCCGACGCGUACAAAGCCCGCACCAAAGGAACGCACGACUACAACGAGGACACCUCGGGUGGCCCCGGUCAGCCUCCAAAGGACAGCUUCGAAACUGUCACCGAGACGCAGAAGAUCGAACAAAUAUCGACGCCGAUCGAUCGGUUAGAGCGGAAGGAUAGCAGCCUUCAGUGUCGUGCCAUCAGCACCGGAGGAACCGUCACCAAUCAUGGGCACCAUCAUGGAGCUCACGCAACUGGUCCCAACAGUCACCUCAUCGGUGGUGGCCUCAAUAACAAUGAGGAUUCCCUGCCGAAUCGAAACCACCGGACGACGGCCCUCAACGAGAGCGAUGACAACGUCGAGAACGAGGAGAAAGAGUUGAUCAAACGGCAAAGUCUGCUGGCGGCGCAAGAUGUGUCCAGCGAUGAUGACCGGUCCAAGGACGAGGACGACCAGGGACGGGACGGCAGUCGAGUGGGAGCCGAGAAUAACACGCGCACCCUGACGCAGCAGUGCUCGCUGGUUGCACCGAGUGAGAUCCAUGUCAGUGUCAGCAGCGCGCUGACCGCCGAACCGAUAUUGACACCUUCAGAAAAACUACGUCGCCUCGACAUGGCCAUCCGGAAGACGCUGGUCGAGAAGCAGCGGGUUGUAUGUGAUAUGUUCAAAGUGCCGGACGAGCACUUCCUGGCGAUCGCCGACAUUGCCGGCCAGCCGGAAGCGCCCCAAAAGGAACCGACCGACAUCAUUCUGGCCGCCUUUUCCCACAUCCAAUCGUUGACGGACGUUCUCAACGAGCACAUGCGGGUCACUCAGAGCCAGGAGAUUUCCGCCGUGUCCACUUCAGUCUGUGAUGAGUGCAAUUGUAAUGCGAAUGGGGGUGGCGUUGUCGCUGUCAUUGGCAAGAGUACAACGGGUGCCAAUGAUGCACUCGCUGUUGGGCAACCGGAGCUCAACGGAUCUUCGACGGCCGACCCUGCCAAUAUCAGUAGUAGUAGUAAUAGUAAUAGCGCCAAUUCCCAAGUCACCGCCGUAGGAGUCCCACCGAUCGCGGCCAUUCUAGAACAGCAAGGUGAUCACGUCAACAUUACGGAGGACGAGGACGGCUACUGUGAGAUCGAUGAAGUUAGAGCUGCAGCCGUUCUGUUGGAAUCUCAGCGGGAAGCUGAAAAACUCAGAAAAGCGGAAGCAGAAGCUAAAGCGGCAGCUGCCGGUGCAGCGUCGGAUACUUCUUCGACGCUGAACGACAGUGGCGGGGAACCGAAAUCGCCGGAUUCGCAUAUCGAAAUCAAUGAUAAUUAUGAUAGUACUCAGAAUCACCUGCAACCUAAAUUUACCGGAGUGGACUUGUGCGGUAAAAAUCGGCUACUACACGCAUCAUCACUGGUGCCAACCGUACCGUGCCAUCUGAUAGCGAGCUACGUGUCUGGCCUGAACGCGCAGAUUUCACAGCUAUUGCCAAAAAUUAGCGAGCGUGAUUUGGAGCGCGAACAAUUGCGACGGGAAAAUCAGCAUUUACGGGAACUACUGAAUGCAAUGCACCAAGAGCGAGUUUUAGAAUCACAGGAAACUACGGAAGCUCCCGUUUUGACUGUCCCGGAACCAUCCCCAUCGCAACCUGAGCAAUCCCAGCAGCAACCAACAUCAACACCGGAAACGGUUACCACAUCCAACAGUAACAGCACCAGCGACCACGUGAUUGAGUAAAUUUUCCGCCUUAGAUCAUCGUGUCCUGGCAAACACAUGUCGUCAUAUCUAUAAAGCACUGGGCGUAUGCAAUUGUAGGCGCAAAGCGCUCGCCGAGACCCAUUCCACCUGGACCUCCCGUGAUAUUGGAAAGUUGGCAUUUUGGUAGAUCGAAACAUUGUGGCGCGGAAUUAGCAGCAAACAAAGGCCUUAACUACUACUACUACUACUACUACUACUACUACAGGUACAUCAGAACAACCAACAAUCGCAAAACAUGCGUAAAGCCGUUUGUUUUGGCGAUUUCAACUCGAAUUCGUAGAUCGUCGUCGUCUAUCGUUUUGAUCGUAUAGUAGUCGUCGUCGUCGUCAUUUCUCGUGACCGUCAUUGCUGUUGCGUACGACCACGUACCAACACAAUAUGUUUUUGGGACGCUUUUAGUAGGAUUAAACAAAAACACACACACAUGCGCAACAUGUUAGAAAAAUGCGUAAACAUAAUCAAGAGAUCACAAGCAAUUUUACCUUUUAGGAAGAAAAAUAGCAAGGUCCAGAAUAUGAUGUCGGUAUAUAAGUGAAAAGUGUCUGAAAAGUCGAAUGAAAAUGUAGAUAGAAAUCGAGUCGAAUGAACUACAUCCGGAAUUAAGUUUAAAUUAUUACAGAAAUAUCCCCCCCUCCCCCGAAAAUGUAUUUUAUAGAUCAUCAAUGUUGUUUAUUUGUUCUAUUUUAUUUAGCUUUUGUUCAUAGGCGAUUCAGAUGAUAAUUAAUAAAACGGAAAAUGCAAAAAAUGGAUAAAGCUUAAUCACACGAUCGGGUUAUUGCUUUUUUAGUAAUAGACAAUUGUGUCAUUGUAAUUUGAAUUUUACUCAAUUUGUGGAAACAAAGAUCAAAACAUAAGCAAAAAAGAAAGUGUGAUUUUGUUAUUUAUCCAAAAAUAUUGUUUGUUUUUUUUUUAAGUGCAAAAAGAUAGGAACAAGCGAGAAACAGGUGAGACUGAGAGAGUGUUUGUGUUUCCGGAAGUAGUGAUUUACGGUUAUGUUUAUGAAGAUUUUUUUUUUAAACGUGGAUAGAUCGCCAAAAUAUCAUGUAGAAAAGGAUCUAUUAUUUAUUGUAUAUUUUCGUUCCAUCUUCCAGAAAAAAAUCCCACUUCCUUGUUAAAAGUCACAACCAACAGAAACCUAUAAUGGUAAUAUUAGAGAAAAAAAAGAAACCACUUAUAGGCAAUCGCAUUAAGAUAAAAGAAGAGCCAAUUCACAUGAAACACGCAACAGACAACGGAAUCAAGUUUGGAUGCUAUAGAGGGAGGUAGUAAGUUGUAAAUAGAAGCCUAAGCAAGAACAGCCAAACAAAACACAACAGCACUCACUCAACGAAAACGACAAAAAAAUCCACUUAGAAGUAACCCACAUGCUUGGAAAAUGAUAUAAAUAUGAAUAUGCAAGAAAGGCAUACAGCGGUGAAUUAUGGAAUAUACAAAAAAAACAAGAA